CUCCCCUCCUCCCGCUCUUCUUGCAGCUGGUUCCUGCGUCCCCUUUGAACUCCCUGGCGUGCCAGCUCCCUUCCUCCCCACCGUGGGGAUCCGCUCUGGGCCCUGGAAAACAGCCCCGAUCGCCCCUCACUCCGGGGAAAUACCAGGGGCGCCCGCUCUCCCAUGAAAAAUGGCAGCUAGACAUGGCCUGGCUGUGGGAGAAGGGCUCUGACAAGCCACCUUCCUGGGAACGAUCGGGGCGGAUUAGAUCAGCUGCUUCCAGAAAAGUUGCUCUCGGGUCGGGGUGAUGUCCCAGGGGUGAAUUAGGACUUUGUUUUGCACCGCCCGUCUGGGUAUUGUUACUGGGAAUGGGGCAGCUUGUUCCUUCCUCGGCCACAUUCCUCCAUCAUUAACCGAGCAUCAGGAUUUAUGGACAGUGCAUUGGCUCUCCGGGAUCGCUUCAGAGUGCAUCGCUUCCAACAGGUUUAGCAAGCACAGUCGUGAUAUUUCUGUCUCCGGUCGGCUACUAGAUGAAUUCCCUCUCUGGACAGUGAUAGCGAUAUUUUACAUCCUUCUUCGGGAGCAUGAGACUGUUUGCUGAUCACAAGAAGAUGUGGCUGUGGCUCGUAUUGGUGUUGUCAACCCCGGUUUCUCCUACAAAUGUAGAUCCUGACUUCUCGGUGGAGAUUUGUAAUGUUUGCUCUUGUGUGUCAGUUGAGAAUGUACUGUACGUCAAUUGCGAGAAGGUGGCAGUCUACCGACCAAAUCAGCUCAAACCACCUUGGUCCAACUUUUACCAUCUCAAUUUUCAAAACAACCUGCUAAUUAUUCUCUAUCCAAAUACCUUUCUGAAUUUUACAUAUGCUGUGUCCCUACAACUGGGGAACAAUAAAUUGCAGAACAUUGAGGGAGGAGCAUUCCUGGGGCUCAGUGCAUUAAAACAGUUGCACUUGAACAACAAUGAAUUAAAGAUCCUCCGCGCUGACACUUUCCUUGGCAUAGAGAACUUGGAGUAUCUCCAAGCUGACUACAAUUUAAUCAAGUAUAUUGAACGGGGAGCCUUCAAUAAGCUCCACAAGCUGAAAGUCCUCAUCCUUAAUGACAAUCUGAUUUCAUUCCUGCCCGAUAAUAUUUUUCGAUUCGCUUCUCUAACCCAUCUGGAUAUACGGGGGAAUCGAAUACAGAAGCUUCCCUAUAUUGGAGUUCUGGAACACAUUGGGCGAGUUGUCGAACUGCAGCUGGAAGAUAACCCUUGGAAUUGCACUUGUGAUUUGUUGCCUUUGAAAGCUUGGUUGGAAAAUAUGCCCUAUAACAUUUAUAUCGGAGAAGCGAUCUGUGAAACACCCAGUGACUUGUAUGGAAGGCUUUUGAAAGAAACCAAUAAGCAAGAGUUAUGCUCCAUGGGGACUGGGAGUGAUUUUGAUGUGCGCAUUCUGCCUCCAUCCCAGCUGGAGUCUGGUUAUAGCACGCCUAAUGGCCACACAACACAGACGUCAAUGCACAGACUAGUGACCAAGCCUCCCAAAACUACCAGUCCGUCCAAGAUCUCGGGGAUAGUCGCAGGGAAAGCACUAUCGAAUCGCAAUCUCAGUCAAAUUGUGUCUUACCAGACCAGGGUACCUCCUUUAUCUCCUUGCCCAAACCCAUGUGUCUGCAAAACUCAUCCUUCUGAUUUGGGAUUAAGUGUAAAUUGCCAAGAAAGAAAUAUAGAAUCGUUGGCCGAACUGGUACCAAAACCUUUAAAUGCCAAGAAACUGCAUGUAAAUGGCAAUUAUAUUAAGGAUGUGGACACCUCAGAUUUUGUUGACUUUGAAGGGCUGGAUUUACUUCAUUUAGGCAGCAAUCAGAUUGCAAUAAUCAAAGGGGCAGUUUUCCGCAACCUUACAAAUUUACGGAGAUUGUAUCUUAAUGGCAAUCAGAUAGAGCGGCUGAGUCCAGAAAUGUUUGCUGGCCUCCACAAUUUGCAAUAUCUGUAUUUGGAAUACAAUGUUAUCAAAGAAAUUUUAGCAGGCACCUUUGACUUCAUGCCAAAUUUGCAGCUGCUCUACUUGAACAACAAUCUUCUUAGAAGUCUGCCAGCUUAUGUUUUUGCCGGGGCUCCACUGGCUAGACUGAAUCUGAGGAACAAUCAUUUCAUGUAUUUACCUGUAAGUGGCGUUCUUGAUCAGCUCAGAUCUCUUACACAAAUUGAUUUGGAAGGUAAUCCAUGGGACUGCACGUGUGAUUUAGUUGCUUUAAAGCUAUGGCUGGAAAAACUAAAUGAAGGUAUUGUGGUGAAGGAGUUAAAAUGUGAAACACCUGUUCAGUUUGCUAACAUUGAACUGAAGUCUCUCAAAAAUGAGAUCUUAUGCCCUAAACUUCUAAACAAGCCAUCUGCUCUGUUCACUAGCCCUGUGCCUGCUGUCACUUUUACAACACCGCUGGGUCCAAUUCGAAGUCCUCCUGGUGGCCCCGUUCCAUUGUCCAUCCUAAUCUUAAGCAUACUAGUUGUGCUUAUUUUAACAGUGUUUGUGGCUUUUUGCCUUCUUGUCUUUGUGCUUCGGCGCAACAAGAAACCAACGGCAAAACACGAGGGAAUUGGGAACCAAGAGUGCAGUUCCAUGCAACUGCAGCUAAGAAAGCAUGACCACAAAUCAAACAGAAAGGAUGGACUAGGAGCAGAGCCCUUCAUUCCUCAAACCAUUGAGCAGAUGAGCAAAAGUCACACUUGUGGCUUAAAAGAUUCCGAAACAGGCUUCACAUUUGCUGAUCCACAAGGGCAAAAAGUCAUUCUGAGAAAUAUUACCGACAAGGAAAAGGAUUUAUUGCAUGUGGAUCCCAGAAAAAGACUUAGUACAAUUGAUGAACUGGAUGAGUUGUUUCCUGGGAGGGAUUCCAAUGUAUUUAUUCAGAAUUUUCUUGAAAGUAAAAAAGAAUACAACAGCAUAGGGGUCAGUGGUUUUGAAAUACGCUAUCCAGAGAAACAACAAGACAAAAAAAUCAAGAAGUCAUUAAUAGGCGGUAAUCAUAGUAAAAUUGUGGUAGAGCAAAGAAAGAGUGAAUAUUUUGAACUAAAAGCUAAACUUCAAGGUUCACCUGACUACCUACAAGUCCUUGAAGAGCAAACAGCUUUGAAUAAAAUAUAGGUCAUGCAAUCUUAUUUCUUACAGAGGACAUUUCUUUAAUGAUGAAAGUGCCUUUUGUUGACUUUUAACUUCCGAAUACUAUAUCAUAUAGGUAGGCAUAGAGGCAGGUAUAUCCAAGGGUAUCUAUCUGUAGCUGCAUAUGGUUUGUCAAGUAGAGGAGAAUUUCCUUUAUAGAUUUUACUACAUAAAGCUGAUACCCACUGGAAUCCUGUAGGGAUACUGCAAACUCUAUUGCCAAAGGGAUGCUUUAGACACAUAUUACACUGAAUUUAACCUCAAGAGGCAUAUAUGUUUUGUACCUUAAAUGCAAAACCUUCGUCUCCUUGUGAUUUGUUAGAACAAACACAAGAAAACUGGUACCAGUGUUUGUACCUUUGCUGGGUAAUUCAUCUUGCACGUGGAUUAAGUUGGUGGAACUUGAGUAAUCCUUUGAUUUGUGGUGGUGUAAUGGCACUGUUUAAAGAUUAUCUGAAAAGUAAAAAGCAUGCAAAGAGAGAACAUUCAAUAGUAUGUGUAAAUUGGUUACAUUUAUGGCCUGCAUCUUGAAAUCACUGGAUUUAUAAUGUUAAAAUUGUGCAAAUAUUUGUUUAAAAUAUACCAUACAUAACAUACCUAUAAAAUAAAUCUGACCACUUGAAAUAUACCUGUCUAUACAUAACAUUAAAAAAAGAAAAGAAAAAAAGUGCAACCUGACUUCUGCAGCAUUUGUAGUGACAUGAAGAAAAUACUUGAUGUUAAUGCAGAAUCUUAUGUAAGACUCAAAUCCAAUUAAGACUAGAGUUCCUUCUCAGUUAUGUGACACUUCUACAACCCCAAAAGGUUGACCAAACUUUGCAAAGUGCUUACUGUGUGAGCGUAGCAGAAAUUAUUUUUGUAAGAUCAUUCAUAUUUAUGAAAUACUUUGUAUACUAAAUAGGAAAAUAUGUACUCCUUACUAUGUAUUUAAUAUGCCUGACUUGUUUUCCUGAUCACAAUGCAUUAAUCAUUCAAUAUAAAUUAAAAACAGAACAAUAUACCAAACAAAAACUGGUGAGAAAUUGUAUAGCAUUAUUUGGGAUCCUGUGAUCAGGUAUAAUAAUAAUAAUAAAAAUGUUCUGUAUAAUUCUUGUGAAAUUAGUAUAUUAUCUUAUUUCAGAUUUGUUACCAAUGGUGCAUUUUAAAAUAGUUUCAUUAGGUUUUUUUUAGUAUUGUUGUCUAAGGCAAUUAAUUGCCAUCAAUUGUCUUGUUUUUCAGGGGUCUGCAGCUUAACCUAAAUAGUUUUCACUACAAGUAUUUUCAGGCAUUAAUGAAUAAGGGUAAAUGUUUAAUUGUAUAUGCAUCAAUUCUCUGUCCCUGUUAUCUUUCUGACUGCUGUCAGUCAAAUAAUGAACCAGAGCAGUAAACCAUAUGGCAAUCAUGUGUGUAUCAAAGUCACAUUGUCAGAUGGAUUUAGUGGUCUCGGUUCAAUUCAGAGUAUUUUGUAGUCCACCUCUAUAAAGCUUUUGUGAAAGCUGAAUCUCAGUUGAUAGCAACUAAUGGUCAAGAUGGAAAAUGCCUCCUUUUUCUCAUUGGGAGAUGGUAAUUUAAGAUCAGAGUAGGCAUGUGUUGGUAAAGCAUCAUACAGAAAAUCUACACCACACAUCUGAUCCAAAGCCCAUUCAAGAUAAUAGGGGGUUCUCCACUCAUAUCAAUGGACUUUGGAUCAGGACCUUAACCUGUCUUACUGCCAUAUUAUGAUACUCCCCCUCCCUUUUAAAAUCAAUACAUAAGUCAAUCAAGUUGCAAUAGAAAAUAAACGUUAAUGUUUUCAUGAGUUCCAAGUGGCAGCUAUUACAACAAAGCCUGAUAGCACCACUGUGGUUAAGGCUGUGUCAGCAUUUUCCAGUCUAACCCUCUAAUUUCAGGAUUUUAUAACAUUGCUGUAAAAUUUUAUUCUGGGAUGAUCCUUGGCAUAAUGCCUGGAAUAUUUUUUUAACAAAGUUUUUUAAAAGCAUCAGCGCUUCUUUAUUUUAAAGAGAGAGACAGUGAGAGACAUUUUUCUACGUGCAAUUUCAAUUUUUUUCCCCUAAUUUCUUCAUGAGACAAAAUGUAUGAGGGACAUUAGAUUUUUUUAUAUAUAUAUAUAUAAAUGAACAACAGAGUGGUUCAUCUUUGAAAAAAAGCUGCUAUUACACUUACGCACUAAUUUAUUGCAUUCAAAGUGUCAGAAGGAUUUUCUGGAUAUGGUUACUAUGCAUGCAUAUGGUCCUGGCCUAAAAGAUUCCUAGUUGCUUGUUGACCCCAAUCUCUGCACAGGCUCUGAGGAAAAUGUUUUAGUUUAUUGUGUCAGAGGCCUUUGGAUGAAAGAAUCUUAAAGAUGCACUGAAAGCUAGAACAUAAAAGCAACAUCAGCAAUCUGAGGACAGUGGGUUGCUGCCUUCUACUCAGUGCUGCACAACUUGGUGGAGAUCUCACAGAACCCUGAGAUUUGCCAAGGCAGAAAGCAUUUGACCCACACUUCAAGCGUCAUCAGAACCUAUGUCUCAAAUCCUUCUAUUGAGAGAUGUGCAUUAAAAAAAAUACUGCAUGAAUAACUGCAACAUUGUGAACGUUGUUAAGGGUGACAUGUUUGUGGUUGAUGUUGAUCAGGGUUAACAGAACAACAGUUAAGGUUGAUAUUCCUCCCUCAACUACAUUAUAAGUCAUCUGUCAGGGGAAAUGGACUGUUUAAGAGACGAAUUUUGCCAUUAUGCUUGCAUUAGGUAGUUCUGGUAGGUCCCCCUCCAGCAAAGCAUUUCAUCUUUAAUCAGGUGCAAUGAGAGUACUCGUGAGUUUAGGAGUAAGCACGUGUUUAAGUCCGUUGUUGGAUUAGGGCCUAAAUGCAUGAUACCUUGGGCAUUGAUUUAAAUGGGAGCAGGAGAAGGAGUAUUGUUGUAUAUGUUACAUAGUUCACACCUGCUGUAGAACCCUUAUGCCUUGGUGAUCACUUUGCUCCCAUGACUUGCCUGAUUGAAUUCAACAGGGUCACUGGAAUGCAUACAUGCCUACCUGUGCUCGGGGUCACUCAAUCUGGACUUUAUUUUCUCUCAGUAGUGUUUUACAAUAUAGUGCAAUAGCUAGGCAUAGCAGUGUGAGUAAAAAAAAAAAUCGGGGUGGUCAACCCAUUAUGUGUCCUUGAUGAUGUUGGUUUAAAUUGCAACCUGAAUGUUAGUUGACUUCCUCCAACAUUUAAGGACAGUGUAUGUUCCAGGGUAAUAAUUUGGUGGAAUGUUCACUCAAUUCUAAUGCUAGUUUAUCCAGGAAAGGCACUUUUCCAGUGUGGCUAAACAACCCAGCCCGUCUUUGCAUUAUAUUGAUUUGAGUGGCCAUGUUGUUAAAGUAGCUGCACAUUCAGGCAGCACUAAAGGAGUGAAGGUGUUAACGUAAUUUACAGUGUUCAUUGUAUUAUAAAUCAAGUUUACAUUUUUAAUGAAGUCAAUAAAGUGUAAUCAUUUCUUUGAAAGAGAAAUUUUUGUGCAAUUUUAUCAAAACGCAGUCAUAGUAAUGAAGGAAGUUGAGUCCAGACACCAACUGACAUUUUACAUUUAGUUUUCCAGACUGAGAGUAAAUAAAUCUGAAAGAUAAUCCAAAAGAUAAUUUUUGAAGCCAUAAGAAUGGUGUACAUUAUAAAAGGCAUGGCCUUGUGAAUAAUGUUAACAAAUGUUUGAGUAAACAAACACGUCUAGAAAAUGAUGGUGGUAUAAUAUCUAUAAUAUUUUUGCAUGAUUUGUACAUUGCUAUUGUAUGAAAUGAGCGCAGUAGGAUUUUUUAAUUUUUUUUGUUUUAUUUAAUUUUAUUUUGCAUCCAAAGAGUUGGGAAGGAAAUAUGACAAGAAUGUAUUUAUAAUCACUCUAUUUUGAAAUAAAGCAAAGAAAACAAAAUGUAUUGUUUUUACCCUGCUUUGAUCAUUACUAUUUUUAGAUUAGUUUAUAAUACAAAAUAGACUUCACUUAUAAUAUCCAGUAUAAUGUAAAAUUCAGAAAAAAAAAUGUUUCAGUGACCUUUGUUUGCUUUCAACAACAUCAAGAUA